UGCCUGGGGAGGUUCGCGUGCUUUGGGCGGGGGGCGAAUUCAAAUCGAAGCGCAUAAAGACUUCUUGGGUGUGUCUGGUCGCCUGUUUAUGCUUCGUCCUGCAACCUUGGUCAAUAAAGAAGUCUUCGUUUCUACAGGUCAGCAUUGGUCAUGGCAUCUUCUGUCGUCCAGGCGGUCAGCGGGAUCUGGCGGUCGCACUCCGCCCUUGACGAGUCAGACGGGCCGGACAGCACCCCCGAAGCACCACAGCGCUCCUACUCCUCCUCGUCACUGAGAUCCCUGCGCUUCUCCCUACGUACACGACUCCCACUAAGACCCGUGGAGGCACAAGCCGGCACCCCUCCCACUGUGGAGCUGGCCCCUCACCCUGGCCAUAAGCUCCGCCUCCUUACCCGCAGCGCUUGCAGCUCCAUUGGUGGGGCAUAUCAGAAACUCCAGAGGAGGUGCAGUGUCAGGGAUGAGUUUCUGGUGGCAAGUCCCAGCCAGACCACUGAGGAUGAGGAGAAUGAGCGGCCAGCUCUGAGAUGCGUUCAGGCUCACUGCACAGCACGUAGGCCGUCCGCUGCCGUCACACCUACAAGGAACAAGUCAUGCACCCCGCAGUCGGCUGGCAGGAAGACCCCUCGCGGUGGGAAUGUCCCGGGUGUGACUUUGAGGGCCGGGGGCUCCAGACGACAGCUGGUUCGGGUGGCGGCACUAAAGAGUCCUUUCGCAUCUCCCAACACACUGAGUCGUCGGAGGCAAUUUGACAUGGACCUGGAGUCUGUGUCCACCGGCCUCAGGAGGUUGAAAAAUCUCUCGCAAGCCCUAGAUGAUGUCAUCGGGAGGGAUGAGAGGGCCCAGGCCAUAGAGAACUACCACAGCGUGAUGGUGGGAGGCUAUAAAGCGGCUCGGGGUCACCUGCCUGAACGGCUCACCAGGGCUUCCAUCCGUCGCAAAACCAAAAGGAUACAGGAGAUGGUCCACAGCUGGACUGACAUAGCAGUGGCAAAAAUACGCAAGGCCACUUAGAUUCAGGUUUGACUUCUGUCCUCCUGGCUCUGUUACAUUGUGCUUUUAAUUAUGUCCGUUUACUUCAUGUUCGAGUUAUUUUUUCCCACCCUGUUCCACGUUAAUGUUGCCAAAUGCUGACUGUGUUUUGUAUAUAAACCAAAGCCUGACUUCAUGAUGCUCAGUGUUUCAUCGGAGGGCAUGGAUUUUUUUUUUAUGAAUGAUACUUUAAUGACCUUGGUGUUUAUUUGUGUGGGUCACGCUACAAUGUAGAUGUGGUUGUCCUGCGUGUGUCUCAUGGUGCUGCUGUAUUCUCCGGUUCCAAGGCCUGAGCUUAAAUGAUAUGUGUGAAAAAUGAAGGUUAUGAAAACUCUACUUAUGCAAUAAGCCUGUUACACUAUGUACUACUAACAGUGACGAUAAACUGAAACUAAAUGCAAACAUAAUGUCCGCCUCUCAUUAUAUCCCACUACUGAUCUAUAGCCACUAACUAUAAUAUUAAUAGUGCAUGUUUUUUUUGUUUUUUUUUUUACUGUGGUGGUAAACCAUAUAAUGUAUUUUAAUCACUUUUAUAAAAGUUUUUUAUACCAGUGCUUGACAGGCUCUCAGUCCCAAGGAGCCAACUGUUUUAAAAAUGCAAACGGGCCUCGUUAGCCGACGAGCUCACCACACGGCACUCAGUGUCACAUGUGGGUCUGUGUGUCACCCCUACGGUCACAUACACGUGGAUUAAUGCUCCGAAGCAGCUUGUGGUGUUCCACCCAUUUACUGUGUUCUUGUUGCUGCUCUCUUAGAAAGAAAGGUCUGGACACUCUUUGAAUUCCCGACCUGUGUGUUGUACCUUGUGUUUUGUUCUCUGUCUGUCUGCUGUAUGCUGCCUACUUGUCUAAUUAACCAUUCUUGUUGUUUUCCAAAUGGGACGUAAAUUAUAUUUUUAACUGUUCAUAUGCAGCCAUAAUAAAAAUGUAUUCAUAAA